GAAUUAUGAAUAUAUUUAUAACAACUUUCGUAUUGGCUGUGGCCACACUGGCCCAGGCAGACGAUAGAUUUAACAAUUUCAACAACUUCAACAAUUUCAACAACUUUAACGAUUUUAACAACAACAACAACGGUUUCGGACAUGGCUCAGGAUUAGGAUGGGGAUCUGGUAUUCAAUCUUCUAGAUGGGGUUCUGUUGGUGGUUUGACUGGUGGAUGGGGCGAUGAUUAUCAUACCGGAAGCAGCUGGGGACACGGUGGUGGACAUGGUGGUAUUUCCAAAGGAUAUGGUGGCAUUUCCCAUGGAUACGGAGGCAUUUCCGAUGGAUACGGAGGCAUGUCCCAUGGAUACGGAGGCAUGUCCCAUGGAUUUGGGGGCAUGUCUAAAGGAUAUGGCAGUGGUGGAUAUGGUGAUAGUUAUGGAUUAGGCUACGGUGGUGGAUAUGGCAAACAUAUGAUAAAACCCAUUAUCCCUGUGCCUGUUGUUCCAGUCGUUAAGGUACCAAAACCUAGGCCAGUUAUUCCAGUUGUCCCUGUUGUCAAAGUCCCAAAGCCUAGGCCAGUUAUCCCAGUUGUGCCAGUUGUCAAGGUACCCAAACCUAAGCCAGUCAUCCCUGUGGUUCCAGUAGUUAAAGUACCAAAACCCAAGCCAGUGAUCCCCGUCGUGCCUGUAAUGAAGGUUCCUCUACCAAAACCAGUCAUCCCAGUUGUUCCAGUUAUGAAAGUACCAGUUAUGCCAAUGAAAAAGGGUUAUGGCGGCUACAAGGGUGGAUUUGGUGGAAUAGGAGGUGGAUAUGGUGGAAUAAGUGGUGGAUUUGGUGGAAUAGGAGGUGGAUACGGUGGAAUUAAUGGUGGAUUCGGUGGAAUUAGUGGUGGAUUUGGAGGUAUCGUUGGUGGAUUUGGAGAUGACGAUUUCUUCGAUGAUGAUGAUUUUUACGGUUUCCAUGGUAGAAUCGGUGGCGGAUCACGUGGUUUUGGAAGUUCGCUUGGAGCAGGAGCAAUGUACAGCGGUGCAGGAGCUUCUCUAGGAGGUGCUGGGCAUUUUGGAGGAUAUGAUUCUUUCGGAGGAGGUCAGCAGUAUCAUGGUAUCGGGUCAUCCGUUGGCGGUGUAGGCUUUCCUACAGGCGGCUCACAAUCUUUCGGUCAUGGCGGUGUAGGCUUUUCUACAGGCGGCUCACAAUCUUUCGGUCAUGGCGGUGUAGGCUUUUCUACAGGCGGCUCACAAUCUUUCGGUCAUUUUGGACAUAAUGACAACAAUGGAUGGAACAACAACAACGGAUGGGGUAAUAACAACGGAUGGGGCAAUAACAACGGAUGGGGCAACAACAACGGAUGGGGCAAUAACAACGGAUGGGGCAAUAACAAUGGUUGGAACGACAAUUCAUGGAGCACCGGCUCCUCAGUUCGUCACCAUUAAUGGUAAUGUCUAAUACAUGAACAUGUUAAAAUAUUUUCUGUCAGACAUGGCUACUGUAGUCUUCAUAAAGACAUAUUGUUUCAAUAAUAUUAGCUGGGAAUGGGUUUGGAUAGAAAUUAACUUCAUUGAUAAAGCUUAACAGUUAUGUGAUAUCGAUUAAAGUUAUGUUUAUUACUUUUAGUGGAGCAUGAUGUGUAUAUUGAUAAGUCUCAGUUUUGUAUAAUUAAAUAGUAAGUCUGAUAACAAUAAACAGGAAUUUUAUCUGAUUUUUAAUGACUGUAUCUCAUUUAACUUCAUUUAUCAUUAUUUAUAUAUACACAUGUAAUCUCAAUGAUAGAACUUUUGAAAAAUAAAAUUGAAAGUCGUCUGAAAAUUAAGUGAUUUUUUUUUCUAAACAGAGAUUUAUUUACAAAAUGUGCAUAGUUAAAGAUGGUCAAUCUAACAGAUUCGCUAAAUAGAAAUAUUUUCAUUCAUUACUCUAAAAGCAGAUUUACUUUCUAUUUACUAAUUAUUUUCUAAUCUAAUUUCAAGAGGCAAUUAUGCAACAGUUAAACGUGGUCUAACAAGGUUUCUGUACACGCAUUUUGGGGAUUUGUCUGGUUAGGAAAGGAAACGACAUUUCAAGGGCUUUCUGUGAAACGGUUUUAACUAAUAUGACAUAAAGAAGAAGUUAUAUUGAAUUAGCAUUAAGCCCUUUUAGUGUUCAUAUUGAUAAUAUAUAGAUUGUCCAUCUUUAACCGAUUAUAAUAGCUUGCCUGAUGACAACAUCCAGUCUACAUGUUAGUGUAUUCAGACAAAAAUUUGGCUACCUUGUUAUUAGCAAUUUAAUAUCGAAAUUUCUAUUAUUAUUCUAUAAUUAACUAUUGUAAUUAUACAAGCUAAUUAUAUGCAAGUCAAUUGUUAUAUACAAUUAUAAAGAAUUAAACACUCUGGAACUAAUUUGGAUACUUUUAUAAAUGUGAUUUGUCGUAAGCAACAUACAUUACAGAAUAACUGAAUAUAGUAUCACAGUCUUUUUAAAAAUAAAUUUCUAUGAAAAGCGUUAUUCUCAUUGAAGUUAAAUCAUUAUCUUUUUCGUUCGUGAUUUUUCUUUCUUUUAAAGAUAUAUUAUGUCCAAAUUAUCAUAUUUCGUCAGAGUUAUGGAUUUCAUAAAACCUUUGUUAACUUUUAUUUUCAUUCAAAACUUUAUAACAUGUUACUAACAACAUGAUACCAUGUAAGAUAAAAGCACUAUACAUCAGCCAGUGUAUAGUGAACUUAGUUUAUUCAUGUUGUUAAAGAACAUAUAAACAAACAGAGUGAUUCUAUGGUAAAUGACACAAAAUUUCGGUAACAUUUCUACGUUUUCUCUUUGAUUAAAUAUUUUUAAAAAAUUGAUAAGUCAUAGAGUAUUUGUUUAAAGAAUGGACGUAAUAUAUCUUUGAUGUUGUAGGAAGAUAAAAAUUCGAGAGAUUUUUUUUAUUUUCAUGUGCAUCCGUCUAGCAUACACCAUAAACAUUAACUUUCUAUGAAAUCAUUCAAAUAAUGAAUUACCUAAAAUGACCUGAAAUUAUUUUUCAUAUUUUGGUUUUCAUGGCUAACGUUUUAAUGUUUCUAUUGGAAAGUAGCGAAAUAUUUAAUUAAUAAGAGAAUAUAGGCAGAAAUAGUGAUUGGUUUGCUCAAACCAACCUGCAUUAUUAAAUCAAACUUCUUAAUUUUUGAUAAUAUCUGAAACAAAAUCAUUUUUAAAUGGUCGAAUACAUUCUAUAUCUUUCAAAUAUAUGAAUUGUUUAUCUUGCUGAAUAUCAUUUAAUUUAUUUAUUUCUAUGAAUGUGAUGGUGUUAAGAGCAUAUUGUUAUUUUAAUGCACAUUUAUACAAUGUACUUUGUUAGUAUCAUACACUAAUGUAGUUUGUCAUAUAUUUUCGAAUGAAAUCCAACAUUAGUUAUUUUAUGAGGCUUGAAUAUUGUUCACGUAAAAUGAAUGUCUUAUGUAUAUGAGGAUAGAGAAUGUUAGCCGGUGUAUACCAGCCGGGGUAUACCAGACGGUGCAUACCAGCCGGUGUAUACUAGCCGGGGUAUACCAGCGUUUUUUGAACAUGCUAUGUAUGAAGAUAGCUUGCCACGUGUGUGUAACAUGCUUUUUGCGGUAUUAAAAAAUUAAAAAACGGUGCAAAGGUGUUGUGGAAUAAUUGUUGUUUUUUCAUUAUUUUAUCGUAAAUUUUCUUGACAAACAAGCAGUUUUCAUUUCGUUAAAACUAUUGCAUGCUCUUUUUAAUAGCAAGAGCUCAGAGAUUUCGGCAUUAAAUUUUUACAAAAUAUUUUUCAUCAAAACUAAGUUUUGCUUUUAAUUUAUCUAACAAACAAAGUCGUUUUAGAGAAUUUGAUAAAAAUACAAUAUUUAUUUAGCAGUAUGACAUUUAUAAAACCUUUUUGAAGUAAAGCAUAUUUCACACACGUUGCACUGGCACAAAGUGCAGCCACGCAGAAUGUUGUACUCAAUCUCCCAGACUAUCUAUGAAUUAUUUGGUUGUUUCAUUUAGAAACUUUUCGUUUUUUCGAGCAAUUAUUUGUUUGCAAUUUGAUUUUGUUGUAUUUAUGUUUCUAUUUAUAGAUGUUCUGGGACAUGCACUUAUUCUGUAAAUGAUGUAAAUAAGAAUAAAUAAAAACAGGAAAUUUAAAA